AUGGUUUAUAUUGUUGAAGACAAUAAGAAAGAUGAUCUUCAGCAGCCGCCGCCAUCAGAGGAUGGACCCGCCGCUGCUGCCAAGAAGCUGCCGCCAAAGCGAGCUUCCACAAAAGACAGGCACACCAAGGUCGACGGUCGCGGCCGACGCAUCCGUAUGCCGGCUGCAGCCGCUGCCAGGGUGUUCCAGCUGACGCGAGAGCUCGGCCACAAGUCUGACGGGGAGACCAUCGAGUGGCUCCUCCAACAGGCUGAGCCCUCCGUCAUCGCCGCCACCGGAACCGGUACUAUCCCUGCAAAUUUCACUUCCCUCAACAUCACGCUUAGAAGCUCAGGAUCCACCAUCUCUUCCCCCUCUCACUACUUCAGAGGCGCCACCGCCACCGCUACACCGUACCUUAGCCACGCAGCCAGCUUCUCCGCCGCUAGGAGCCGCAGCGAAUGGGUGAGGAACGUGGCGGUGGAAGAUUAUUCUAGAAGACUCAUGUUCUCCGGCAGUGACAAUAGUAAUAAUAAUAACAACAACUCUGCUGUCUUGAAUUUCAACAACGCUGUUAAUGAUAUUAUGCAAAGCAAGCAAGAGGCUCGGGAAGAGCCCUGUAGCGGUGACGGUGGCGGCGGAGGAGAUGCUUUGGGGAGGAAGAGAAGGCAAGAGGAGGUGUUCUCACAGCACCAGGGUACUCAGAUGAUGGGUAGCUACUUGUUACAGUCGAGUUCAGGGUCAAUUCCGGCGACUCAUGCUUCUAUUCCGGCGACUUUUUGGAUGAUGGGCGGCGGUGGAGUUGGUGGUGGCAGUGGUAAUAAUGGCGGUGACCCAAUUUGGGCAAUUCCAACGGUUGGUAACAAUAGUAGCAUGUAUAAAGGGGCUAUGUCUGGUGGCAGCGGCAACGGUGCCGGCGGCAUUCAUUUCAUGAAUUUUGCUUCUCCAAUGGCUCUAUUGCAAGCUCAACAACUAGGAGGAGGAGGAGGAGGAGGAGGCGGCGGCAGUGCAGUGCUGAGUGAAAGUAACCUGGGAAUGCUUGCAGCUCUUAAUGCAUACAGGCCUAUUAUGGCUAACGGCAGCGGCGGCCAACAUUCACCCCAUGGAGAUGGAGGUGAUCAACAAAGUCAACCCUGACCUGAGGAUCAAAUGGUCGUUACAGAUUUAAAGCACAAGUUUAGUUGCUUAGCGAGUUGAAUGUUGUCGGUUUUGGUGUGAUUUUGCUGAGGAUCCAUGUAUGUUAGUUAGGGUUUGAGAAGAAAGCAUACAUAUUUAUAUACAUAUGUUUUUACCAUGGCAAUCAAUUCUGAUCUUCGACUAUUUUGGCUGUGCCAAAUUUAAAGGUACCGUCCCUAUUAUUGGUAUUUAUUACUUCAUUAUCAGCACCUAGAUUGUGGAAUUGUAAUUUGUUUCUUAUCAUAUGGCUUAGUA